UUACCGGAUAUCAUAUGCCGAAAUCAUCGUGACCGUGAAGUACAGUGAAUCGAGUACAAUUCACGUGAUCUGUUGUCAUGCGCAAACGUGAUUACUUCGCGCAACGAGUACGCUCGAUUUGAUUGUCGAAAACGGACAGUUUUAUCGAUCGUUCGAUAUUUCGGAAAAGUAACUCGGGAGUGACAGAGAACGUGAUUAUUGUCGUAUGUUAUGACUGGUGUAUUUUUCGCGCGACAGAAGGAGGGGAACGAUGCAAAGUGGUUGCCGUUGAUCGUCGGAAACCGAGAAAAACGUGAAAACCACGAGGUGGAAGGUCGGACAGUGAAAUUCGGUGGCGGGCCGCAGGCUCGUUUAUUGGUGAUUGGCGCGAGAUACGCCGGCACCGGAAGUACUAAAAUGCCCCGUGGCCUACCGACUAGACGAGGUCUACAGGCGUUGGCACUUGUUCUUGCCACUGCUUAUGCCACGAUUCUUCUUUAUCAGGCCGUUGCACCCCGUCAGUGGGUUGACGAGAUGACGGUCGAAGUGAAUAGCAGAAGCGAGCUGGUGGAAGUACCAGUUUCAAGGAGGAUGGUGAUCAGUGAGGAAUUAUCGGUGACACCUGCGAUCGUGACUGCGACCAUGGCACCGUUCACCACGAAUCUCGACGACUUGUUCAUCAGCGUGAAGACCACUAAACAUUACCACCAUUCCCGUCUGCCGGAUAUCAUCAGCACGUGGUUUCAAUUCGCUAAAGAUCAGACGUGGUUCUUCACCGACCGAGACGACCUCUACUUCCAGAACCAGACCAACGGCCACAUGAUCAACACCAAGUGCUCAUCCUCGCACAACAGGCGGGCCCUCUGUUGCAAAAUGUCCGUCGAGUUCGACAGGUUCCUCGACAGCGGCCGGAAAUGGUUCUGCCACUUCGACGACGAUAAUUACGUGAACGUUCCCCGCCUGCUGAAACUCCUGGACAACUACAACCCGAGGGAGGAUUGGUACCUGGGCAGGCCCUCGAUACCGGCACCCUUGGAGAUCAUCAGGCAGGGCCCGGAACCCUCGAAGCGACCGCAAAAGGUGAAGUUCUGGUUCGCGACAGGUGGCGCUGGCUUCUGCAUCAGCAGGGCGCUCGCGAUGAAGAUGACACCGGUUGCAGGAGGCGGGAAGUUCAUCACGGUGGGCGACAGAAUCAGGUUGCCCGACGACGUGACGAUGGGAUACAUUAUCGAGUACCUGUUGAAGAAGCAGCUCACCGUCGUCGAGCAGUUCCAUUCUCACUUGGAACCGAUGAAGUUCCUCAACAAGGACACCUUCGGCGAGCAGGUGUCGUUUAGCUACUCGAAGGGGUCCAGGGAGGACUGGAAUAUCUUGAAGAUCGAUGGCUUUGACAUGAAGGACGAUCCGAAAAGAUUCAGGUCGAUCCACUGUCAUCUGUUCCCGCACGUACCCAAUUGCCCGCACAGAUGACCAGCCGGAUGAUCCAACUCGCAAACAAGAGGAGAGUCGCACGAUCUCAUGUUGCAUCUAGUUGCAACGCCCAGCAGUUGACUCGUGUAGAUCGAGAUGGGUCUAUUCUUUGUCUCG